GUGCUUUGCAAUGUUGAUGAAUUGUUUGAUCGAGAAGAGUUUUCAGCAGCUCCUGAUUCUGGCUGGCCUGACUGCUUUAAUAGUGGUGUAUUUGUGUUCCGACCUUCUUUGAAAACUUACAACCUACUGCUCCGGUUUGCUGCUGAACAUGGCAGCUUUGAUGGAGGUGAUCAAGGCUUGUUGAAUAGCUUCUUCAGCAACUGGGCAACAGCAGAUAUUGGCAAACACUUACCUUUCCUCUAUAACUUAAGCAGCAGUGCUGUAUACACCUACAUUCCUGCUUUCAAUCAUUUUGGUAGAGAUGCCAAAGUUGUUCACUUCUUGGGAGCGACAAAGCCCUGGAACUACAAAUACAACCUUCAAACAAAGAGAGUUAUGCAGGAUGGCACCACGUCUGGAUCUUUUCAUCAGCUGUCAUUUCUUGCCCUCUGGUGGAAUAUAUACAGUGCCAGCAUAUUGCCUUUGUUAGAAAAACUUCAAAAGAUGGAAGAAUCAGAAUCUGAGGAAUGCAAGCACACUUUCAAUGGAGUUGAAAUUACACUGAAAAAGGUCAGUCCUUCUGUGGCCAAUUCGCUGCAAAUGCCUGUGCUUCCAGAGCAGACGUAUGAAAUGCAUCCCACAGCAUGUUCACCUGAGGAACUCACUUUCAAAGCUCAACCUGUAUGUGAAGUUGAACAAAGCGGUUCUAACGUCCAUCUCUCUGAGGCUGACAGACCUUCAGAACAACCUGUAUUUCAUCCUGCGUUUCAGGAAACCUCAGAACUGAACGAGGUUGCACAUUCUGUCUCAGAGCUGUCUAUUCACUUUAAACCAGAAGAACCAAGUCCAGAAGAUGAACGGAGAAAAUGGGAGGAAGGGCGUAUGGACUAUAUGGGGAAAGAUGCUUUUGAACAUAUCAAAAAGAAAUUGGAUGCAUUUUUACAUUAAGGUGGAGUGUACUAUAAUGGCCA